AAUGUAAAAUAGAAAUUUGAACAUUUUUGAAAGUUAAUUUAAUGUAAAUAUUACAUUUCUGUCCAAAAUGUAUACAUAUUGAAAUUUAGUAGCAACAUACAUUGAACUAAUAAAUUGAUUAAUAUUCUAAUCAUAUGAAAAAAAUGCAUUAAAAUGUAAAAUAAAAAUAUAUUUUCCCAUAUCAAUGGGAACACCAAGUUUUUUUUCUCCAGGACCCCUGUAUGGACUGUCACACUUGUCACUACUGCCCUGUGCUGAGAGACCGAAACGCCGUCUUAAUAUUGUCAGCCUGGGGGGUGACGAUUAUAAGAGGGGAAUAUAAUUGCAUCCCCUUUAGAUCUGCAGCAGCCGGGCGGCAACGGGACCGGAGUGACGGGGCGGCGGCGGCGCUUACGAGCCUAGGGGAAUCGGCUGCAGACAUCAACGCCUGUGCGAACGUGAGAGAGCAGCCGGGGCUGAAGGAACCGGGCUCUUCACGGUUAACUUGCGCCGUCGUCUCUGCGGUCCAAACCCCCCACCCCCAUACACCCAUUCAUCCAUCCAUCAUCAAGGCAGGUAAACCAAAAGCUGCAGCCGAGUACGCUGCUCGGGUGGCCGUCGGGUGAAGAGCCCCUUAACGGCGAGCGGAAGGAGAGGGCUUGACCCCGGCGGACCGACCGACCGAUAGACGCCCCGAGUCCGGCGCACCGGUCCUGACCAUGGAGACACCGGGCCGGCUGUCCCAGAGCCAGGAAUCGCUGGACUUUACGGUGGAGAACGUAGAGAAGGCCCUGCACCAGUUGUAUUAUGACCCCAACAUCGACAACAAGAACCUGGCCCAGAAGUGGCUGAUGCAGGCCCAGGUCUCGCCGCAGGCCUGGCAGUUCUGCUGGGUCCUGCUCAGCCCCGAGAAGGUCCCAGAGAUCCAGUACUUUGGCGCCAGCGCCCUACAUACGAAGAUCUCGCGCUACUGGGGCGACAUCCCGGCCGAGCAGUACGACUCUCUGAAGAAGCAGCUCUUCUCCCAGAUCUCCCACUUCGCCUCGGGCUCCAAGAUGGUGCUGACGCGCCUGUGCGUGGCCCUGGCCUCGCUGGCCCUCAACAUGAUGCCCGAGGCCUGGCCGGGUGCCGUGACCGAGAUGGUGCGCGCAUUCCAGGAGGAGGGGGGCGGCGCCGACGGCCGGGCCCGCUGCCUGGCGCUGCUGGAGCUGCUCACCGUGCUGCCCGAGGAGUUCCAGACGAGCCGGCUGCCGCAGUACCGCAAGGGGCAGGUGCGGGGGGCACUGGGGCAAGAGUGGGGGUCUGUGUUGCCCCUGCUGCAACAGCUGUUACGGCAGGCCGACUCGCCGGGGCUGGUGAAGGCGCGCGUCCUCAAGUGCCUGUCCAGCUGGGUGCUGCUGGACGUGCCGCUGAGCGAGAGCGAGGGCCUGGUGCAGGACAGCUUCUCCGCGCUCAGCGACCCCGAGCUCUUCGACACGGCCGUGGAGGCCAUCAUCAAUGCCAUCUCGCAGCCUGACUCGCAGAGGUACGUGAACACGCUACUGAAGCUGGUGCCGCAGGUAUUGCAGCUGCAGGAGCAGCUGAGGGCCGCAGUCCAGGCCGGUGACAUGGAGACGUCGCAUGGGAUCUGCCGCAUCGCCGUGGCGCUCGGAGAGAACCACUCCAGGGCUCUCUUGGACCAGGUAGAGCACUGGCAAGGAUUUUUAGCACUGGUCAACAUGAUCAUGUUCUGCACUGGGAUCCCAGGACACUACCCCGUCAACGAAACGACCAGCUCCCUCACCCUGACCUUCUGGUACACCUUACAGGAUGACAUCAUGUCCUUCGAGGCAGAGAAGCAGGCGGUCUACCUGCAGGUGUACCGCCCUGUGUACUUCCAGCUGGUCGACGUCUUGCUGCACAAGGCCCAGUUUCCCACCGAUGAGGAGUACGCCUCCUGGUCGUCGGAUGAGAAGGAGCAGUUCAGGAUCUACAGGGUGGACAUCUCGGACACCCUGAUGUACGUGUACGAGAUGCUGGGAGCCGAGCUGCUCAGCAACCUCUACGACAAGCUGGGCAGGCUGCUGACCGCGAGCGAGCAACCCUCGUCCUGGCAGCACACGGAAGCGCUGCUGUACGGAUUCCAGUCCAUCGCCGAGACGAUAGACGUGAACUACUCCGACGUCAUUCCCGGCCUCAUCGGCCUCAUUCCUCGCAUCAACAUCAACAAUGUCCAGCUGGCAGAUACCGUCAUGUUCACCAUAGGCGCCCUGGCAGAGUGGCUGGCCGACCAUCCCGUCAUGCUCAGCAGUGUCCUCCCACUGGUGCUGCAAGCCCUGGGGAACCCCGACCUCUCCGUCUCCAGCGUGUCCACGCUGAAGAAGAUCUGCCGCGAGUGCAAAUACGACCUGCCACCCUACGCCACCAACAUAGUCGCCGUCUCCCAGGAAGUUCUGAUAAAGCAAAUUCACAAGACCAGCCAGUGCAUGUGGCUGAUGCAGGCCCUGGGUUUCCUGCUGUCCGCGCUGCCUGUGGAGGAGAUCCUGAGGAACCUGCACUCCCUCAUCACUCCAUACAUCCAGCAGCUGGAGAAAUUGGCCGACGAGACGCCCAACCCUUCGAACAAGCUGGCCAUCAUCCACAUCCUGGGCCUUCUGUCCAACCUCUUCACCACGCUGGACAUCUCCAAGCAGGAGGAGGAAGGUGGAGACGGUGUGCCUCUGGUCAAAAGUACCCCCCCUCAGCCUGGCCCCAACCCAGUGGUGGUGGUCCUGCAGCAGGUCUUUGCCUUGAUUCAGACUGUUCUCAGCAAGUGGCUCAACGACUCGCAGGUGGUGGAGGCUGUAUGUGCCAUUUUUGAGAAGUCUGUGAAGACCCUCCUCCAGGACUUCGCCCCUAUGGUGUCCCAGCUGAGCGAGAUGCUUGGCCAAAUGUACAGCACCAUCCCACAGGCCUCGGCACUGGACCUUACGCGCCAGAUGGUCCAUAUAUUUGCCAGCGAGACAGACUACUUCCCCCCUAUCAAGGCCCUGUUCGAGCUGGUCACGUCCGUCACGCUCUCCAUCUUUCAGCAAGGACCCAGGGAUCAUCCUGAUAUUGUUGAUUCAUUUAUGCAACUCCAAGCUCAGGCCCUCAAACGGAAGCCAGACUUGUUCUUGUCUGAGAACCUUGAUGUGAAAGCUGUGUUCCAGUGCGGUGUGCUGUCUCUCAAGUUCCCAGAACCCCCCACUGUCAAGUCCACCUGCCUCUUCUUUACAGAGCUGCUGCCUCACUGUGGGGACAUUCCCCCGGUGGGUCAGGUGGUGCAGGAGGACGGCAAGCUGCUGCUGCAGGCCGUGUUGGAGGGCAUUGGGGGCCAGUCAUCCCGUAAUCUGAUGGACCAGUUUGCAGAGAUCCUCUUCUCUAUGAACAAGCACUGCUUCGCCCUGCUGUCGCUGUGGCUGAAGGAGGUCCUCCAGCGUCCCAGCUUCCCCUCCUCCCGUGUCUCCAUGGAGCAGAAAGACACCUUCAGCCAGCAGAUCCUCAGGGAGCGAGUGAACAAGCGCCGAGUGAAGGAGAUUGUGAGGGAGUUCACCCUGCUGUGCCGAGGACUGCACGGCACGGAGUACGCCGCUGAGUACUGAACCAAUAUCGCUUCCGGGUCCCGGAAGCCAGAGCAGCCUGCUGCCGAUCAGGAACCCAGCACUCCCAUCGCAUUGGACCUCUGAACGAUAAACCUCGCCCCCCCCAGAUGACACAAUUCAUCCACCGUGACCAAGACUGCCAUGGCCAGAACAGACAGGGCUGUGUAUUGUGCUCAGUUUAUUCUCAUUUUGGGGGGGGUUGGGUUAUUGUCAACAAAACCAAAACUUCUUCCACCAGACCCAGCCCUCACCCAGCACUUCAGAAGCAUGUUUUCUGUGAUCUCUAACCCACCCCCCCCCCCCCCCC